GCCCUCAAUAGACAAAUAAACAAGUAUUUAAUGAUCGACUCGAUAUCACAUCACACGAUACUGCAUUAAAACAGCGGACAGAACAAAACAAAAAUCACCGAAAAUGUCAAAGAAUUCGGCCCAAAAUGGUGGCAGCGGUGAGCCGAACAUGCACGAGAUCAACAUGCAGCGAGAGUCGUGGUGCACGGUGGAGAUGAACAGCCGCCAGGACUGGUGCCGGGCCGAGCGGAAACACGACAAGAACGCGUUCAAGAGCUCGGUGUUUAGCGAGGGCCAAUCACAGCCCGAUAGCGAUUCACGGUGUACUUUCGAGGUGAACGACAAAACGCAUAAAGAGCGGAGACAUUUCCCCAACAAAUCAUAUUACAGUCAUCUAGCAAUUUAACUACCUAGCUGACUACACUGGGCUGAGUGCAACACCUCAAUGAACGAGCAGACUUCACGGUGUCUUCUGUGGAUCCUGCUUGGCUUUCUUGGAAUAGUUGAAGCUACACUGAAUCUACACUGACUGACUCUUUAUGAUGAGCUACUUUACCGGAGUGGAACAAAGGCCUAACUAUCACCACACUGUUUUAUUUUCAAGCAGGGAUAUCAAUAUUAAUUCAUAUUUAACAAAUGUCAUAUGAGCUAAUUUGCAGAGUUAAGUAAUCUUUUUUCGGGGGGGGGGGGGGGGGGGGGUUCCAUCAGUGGUAUUGCCCACAAUUUCUAUGAAGUUGAUAUAACUUAAAAUAUUUUGUUCAAAGUCAGUUUUCCUUUGUGUUUAUUUUUAAAAAAUAUAUUGCAACUGUAUAACUUUCUCCCGGGGCUUAUUAAGAACACAGAAUGUAUAACAUUUCUAAAUACACGUAUUAAUUAUUCCAUUAGCUUGAGUUUAAUGCAAGAUUUGAAUCAUUUGCGCUGAUUUUGUUUUACAAAAAUGCUUUUGUGAUAUGUAUGUUACUGACUUGGUACUGAUUAGCCACUAUGCAAUUUUUAUUCAUUGGCUGAACCAUGCCAGGCUUGUAUGGUUUACUGCAAUCAGAAAUUUUUUUUUUACUCUCAUUGGCCAAAACACUGUGUGUGCAAAUAAGUUUUAUUUUCUGUGUGCAGGAAUAAGUUUGAAGCUUUCUGUGACAUUGGUCAGUCAUCCUUUGUUUUCUUUUUUGCAGAAAUAAUAUGGUUUGGCAGUUUAAUCCAGGCUGGACUUAAUUAAUGUACGCGUAUGCAAUUGUGUGCAUCAUAAUGCUUCCUAUGCUGCAUGAAGAUUUUUGUUUUGUUUGAACGUCAACAUGCAAUGGGAAUUGUAACUGCAACAUGCAAUGGGGAUAUGAAUGUGCUUUUAUUUUUGUUAUAAUAUGUGCUUAUCGAUAUAUAUCUUGGUUUAGCUUGAACAAAGUGCUUGUAUGCAAUGUUCACUCUGUCACACGAAUGCACUAUUUUUUUACAUUAUUUUUAAUAGCAUGUAUAUUUUAAAACUCAUUUACCAUUGGUAAAUACAUGUACAAUGUACAAUGUACAAGGUUAUAUAAAAUGCAUGUGAGUGAUGGGACAUCCAUUUAAUGACAUGGGCUAACUUCUGUGAAGUAGACUUGUAUUUUAGUCACCAAACAGUCUGAGUCUGAGUCACCUCUCCCGAGUCCGAGUCAUGUAGGUCAAGUCCGAGUCACGAGUCACAAUUGUCGACUCGAGUCCGAGUCACGAGUCAUGCAACUAAAGUUACAGUGAAACGCCGCUAUAACGAACACCACUAUAACGAACAUUUGAUUAUAACGAACGACCCCACGGGCUCCCGAAUUAGUGAAUUCUAUUAAUAUAAUGCACAAUUACUAUAACGAAUAACCAAUGUAGCGAAAACUUUCUGUGGACCCCAUCGUGUUCGUUAUAGCGGCGUUUCACUAGUACUAAGCGAAAUUCAUUGCUCAAAACUGGUACCUCUACUAUUAAGCAGAAAAUCAUCUGAGCACCAUGCAAUACACUCCAUAAUGUUUUAUUUUCUGCUAACCGUUGCAAGUUCUUCUUGCUCAGCACUUUGUAAAAGUGGCACAACAUCAUACAUGUACAAGUAUAGACAAACUGGAGAUGUUCACCUUCAAAUUAAACUUGUAAAAUACUAUGUAUUUUGGUUUAAAAUCUACAUUUUUGAUAUAACACGUGUGUAAUCAUAACCUUGGUAAUCACGAUUUUAAAUAUAAAUUACUUUUGAUUUGUAAAAAAUAAAAUAAAGUAUGCUUAAUGACGUUUCAAAA